GUCAAGUUAAGCAUUAAUACAAUAGUUAGUUUUGCAUUCGAAUGUGAUUUACCUGUUAAUAAAUAAAUAACAUUAUUAAAUAACAAAUUUGUUGAAUAUAAUGGACAGUGUGGAGAAUACUGCUACGAUUAGGCGGUACGAGAAUUUUCCGUCGUAUGGGCCUUUUUAUGGAGUAAUGGGCGUAUCUGCAGCCAUGGUUUUAUCGUCGUUUGGAGCUGCUUACGGAACCGCAAUAUCUGGUACUGGGAUAGCAGCAACAGCAGUCAUGCGACCGGAACUGAUUAUGAAAUCUAUUAUACCCAUUGUUAUGGCUGGAAUUAUAGCGAUCUAUGCCAAGGGAUAUGUGCAUCUAGCUGCUGGUUUGUCUGUGGGCAUGUGUGGACUAGCUUCAGGUUAUGCUAUUGGAGUAGUUGGCGACGUCGGGGUCCGCAAUACCGCCUUACAGCCUCGAUUAUUUAUUGGAAUGAUUCUCAUUUUAAUUUUCGCAGAGGUCUUGGGGCUUUAUGGAAUGAUUGUGGCAAUUUACCUUUAUACUAAAGAUAUUUCUUAAAAUAUUACAUUAUGUUGUUCUAAAAGAUAUCUAAUACAUAUGCAUUUUUGUGCCUUGGUAAAAUUCACUGGCGUAUUUCACUGAUGACGGGCACGCAGAAAAAAGAU